CGCUGCCGGGGCGGGCCUGCCGGCGCCUCAACCUCAGGGGCGGAAGCUGCGCGGGCCGUGGAGGCGCAAGUGGGGUGUCCCCCGGAGGCACAGGGGACCUGGAGAGGGUCCAGGCCCAGGAGCCCCGGCCUGAGACGGAAGGGGCUCUAGAACCGCCAAUGAGUGGAGCUGUCCGCCCGGGACUGGCGCUUGGGGGGGCUUGAGGUAGGGGACUGGUGGCCGAGGUUCGAGUCCCGGCUCUGCCUCGAACCCGCUGUGUGACCUUGGACAAAUCUCUCUCCCUCUCUGAGUCUCCGCGGCUUCAACUGUGGAACAGAGGCAGGAAGGUCCGCUGAGAGUGGUACAGGUGGAGGUUCGGGGAAGGACCUCUGCCUAACUCCUCUUUGUAGUCGCCUUGCACAGGUCAUUGGCUGCGAAACGCGAACGUGACAGGGAGGCAAGAUGACUUCUCUGCCCCAAGCUUGGAACAGUUGAAGGAAACAACGGUGCAAAAUGAGAACAACUAAGGUCUACAAACUCGUCAUCCACAAGAAGGGAUUUGGGGGCAGUGAUGAUGAGCUAGUUGUGAACCCCAAAGUGUUUCCUCACAUCAAGCUUGGAGACAUUGUAGAGAUUGCUCACCCCAACGAUGAAUUCAGCCCUCUGCUUUUGCAAGUCAAGUCACUUAAGGAAGAUUUACAGAAGGAAACUAUCAGUGUGGACCAGACUGUGACUCAAGUGUUCCGGCUAAGACCUUAUCAAGAUGUCUAUGUGAAUGUUGUAGACCCUAAGGAUGUGACCCUUGACCUAGUGGAAUUAACUUUUAAGGAUCAGUAUAUUGGCCGUGGGGAUAUGUGGCGACUAAAGAAAAGUUUGGUCAGCACAUGUGCUUAUAUCACCCAGAAGGUGGAAUUUGCUGGCAUCAGGGCACAAGCUGGUGAGCUGUGGGUCAAGAAUGAAAAAGUCAUGUGUGGUUAUAUUAGCGAAGAUACCAGGGUGGUGUUCCGUUCUACGUCGGCUAUGGUUUACAUAUUUAUUCAGAUGAGCUGUGAAAUGUGGGAUUUUGAUAUUUAUGGGGAUCUGUAUUUUGAGAAAGCUGUGAAUGGUUUCCUUGCUGAUCUAUUUACCAAAUGGAAGGAAAAGAACUGUAGUCAUGAAGUAACAGUGAUUCUAUUUUCCAGAACUUUCUAUGAUGCAAAAUCUAUUGAUGAAUUUCCUGAAAUAAACAGAGCCUCAAUUCGACAGGAUCACAAGGGACGGUUCUAUGAAGACUUUUACAAAGUGGUGGUGCAGAAUGAGAGAAGAGAAGAAUGGACUUCGCUCCUCGUGACCAUUAAAAAACUCUUCAUCCAGUAUCCAGUGUUGGUGCGCCUGGAACAGGCAGAGGGCUUUCCUCAUGGAGACAAUUCUACCUCAGCACAAGGAAACUACCUGGAGGCCAUCAAUCUGUCAUUCAAUGUGUUUGACAAGCACUACAUCAACCGCAACUUUGACCGAACUGGACAGAUGUCUGUGGUGAUCACGCCUGGGGUGGGUGUCUUUGAAGUGGACCGCCUACUCAUGAUCCUGACCAAGCAGAGGAUGAUAGAUAAUGGAAUUGGUGUGGACUUGGUGUGCAUGGGAGAGCAACCAUUACAUGCUGUCCCAUUGUUCAAGUUGCAUAAUCGGAGUGCUCCUCGGGAUUCUCGUCUGGGUGAUGACUAUAAUAUUCCUCACUGGAUAAACCACAGUUUCUACACAUCCAAAAGCCAGCUCUUCUGUAACAGUUUCACCCCACGAAUAAAACUGGCAGGAAAGAAGCCUGCCUCUGAGAAAGCAAAAAAUGGCCGUGAUACUUCUCUCGGGUCUCCAAAAGAAUCUGAGAACGCCCUCCCCAUCCAAGUAGAUUAUGAUGCCUAUGAUGCUCAAGUGUUCAGGCUGCCCGGCCCAUCCCGGGCGCAGCGUCUCGCCACCUGCAGGUCUGUGCGAGAGCGGGAAAGUCAUAGUCGAAAGAGUGCCAGCUCCUGCGACGUCUCAUCCAGCCCUUCCCUGCCGAGCCGCGCACUGCCCGCUGAGGAAGUGAGAAGCCAGGCUUCUGACGACAGUUCCCUGGGCAAGAGCACCAACAUCCUGAUGAUCCCACACCCCCACCUGCACCAGUAUGAAGUCAGCAGCUCCUUGGGCUACACCAGCACUCGAGAUGUCCUGGAGAACAUGAUGGAGCCACCGCAGAGAGACUCGAGUGCACCAGGGAGGUUCCAUGUAGGCAGCGCAGAAUCCAUGCUCCAUGUCCGGCCUGGUGGAUACAUGCCCCAGCGAGCACUGAUUAACCCUUUUGCCCCCUCUCGAAUGCCUAUGAAGCUCACAUCUAAUAGAAGGCGCUGGAUGCACACUUUUCCUGUGGGUCCAUCCGGAGAGGCCAUCCAGAUCCAUCACCAGACCCGACAGAAUAUGGCGGAGCUGCAGGGCAGUGGGCAGAGGGACCCAACACACUCCUCUGCAGAGCUGCUGGAGUUAGCAUAUCAUGAAGCUGCUGGAAGGCACAGCACUUCCCGCCAGCCUGGUGACGGCAUGUCCUUCUUGAACUUCAGUGGAACGGAAGAGCUUUCUGUCAGCCUGCUUAGCAACAGUGGUGCAGGUUCAUCCAACAGUAUUCCUAGAGGCCUAUGGCUAAGGCUUGGAAACUGUGUUGACAGUAUGAAUCUUAGGACCCAGAAUAAGGAUUCUCUAGAGGACAAUGUUUCUACCUCUCCAGAACCAAUUCUGACACUGUCUGCUCCCCCUGUAGUGCCAGGCUUCUGUUGCACAGUUGGAGUGGACUGGAAGUCUCUCACUACUCCGGCGUGCCUCCCCCUCACCACCGACUACUUCCCUGACCGCCAGGGCCUCCAGAACGACUACACGGAGGGCUGUUAUGAUCUCCUCCCGGAAGCAGAUAUGGACAGGAGGGACGAGGAGGGUGUACAGAUGACGGCCCAGCAGGUGUUUGAAGAAUUCAUUUGCCAGCGUCUCAUGCAGGGGUAUCAAAUCAUAGUGCAGCCCAAGGCACAGAAACCCAACUCCGCUGUCCCACCUCCACUGAGCAGUAGCCCACUCUAUAGCCGAGGACUUGUGUCCCGAAACCGCCCUGAGGAGGAGGAUCAGUAUUGGCUGAGUAUGGGCAGAACUUUCCACAAAGUGACGCUGAAGGAUAAGAUGAUCACAGUGACACGAUACCUUCCCAAGUACCCUUAUGAAUCUGCCCAGAUCCACUACACCUAUAGCCUCUGCCCUUCCCACUCAGACUCAGAGUUUGUAUCCUGUUGGGUGGAAUUCUCCCAUGAACGGCUAGAGGAAUACAAGUGGAAUUACUUAGAUCAGUAUAUCUGUUCUGCAGGCUCCGAGGACUUCAGCUUAAUUGAGUCCCUGAAGUUCUGGAGGACCCGCUUCCUGCUGCUGCCAGCCUGUGUCACUGCCACCAAGCGCAUCACAGAGGGGGAGGUACACUGCGACAUCUAUGGGGACAGACCACGUGCUGAUGAGGACGAGUGGCAACUCCUGGAUGGUUUUAUCCGCUUUGUGGAAGGCUUGAAUCGGAUCCGCAGGCGGCAUCGGUCAGAUCGCAUGAUGAGGAAAGGGGCCACCAUGAAAGGCUUGCAGAUGACCGGGCCUCUUCCCACACACACACUCGAGUCAGCUGGCCCUCCGGUUGGGAAGAAGGGAACCUCAGCUCUGUCUGCCCUGCUGGAGAUGGAGGCCACUCAGAAGUGCCUGGGAGAACAGCAGUCAGCUGUGCAUGGUGGGAAGAGCUCCACUCAGCCAACAGAGAGCAGCAGUGUUACCAUGACUCCGACCCACGUGGACAGCCCACGGAAGGACGGGGCCUUCUUUAUGGAGUUUGUCCGCAGCCCACGCACAGCAUCGUCCACCUUCUACCCUCAGAUGUCUGUGGAACAAACAGUCCCUCCGUUGUUGGAUGGCACCAGUUUGGGGGUAACCACAGGCCAAUCCGUGGACAGAGGCAACAGCCAGGCCUUUGGGAACUCCCAGAACAUAGGAGAACAGGGCUUCCCCUCUGCAAACUCCAGUGACAACAGCUCUCAGCAGCCGGCAACAAGCUCCUUGACAUCAUCCUCCACUCUGAUGGAGAUCCUGGAAGCCAUGAAGCACCCCUCGACAGGAGUCCAGCUGCUCUCUGAACAGAAGGGCCUCUCCCCGUACUGCUUCAUCAGUGCCGAGGUGGUGCACUGGCUGGUGAACCACGUGGACGGGGUCCAGACACAGGCGAUGGCCAUCGACAUCAUGCAGAAAAUGCUGGAAGAGCAGCUCAUCAUGCAUGCAUCUGGGGAAGCCUGGCGGACCUUCAUCUACGGCUUCUAUUUCUACAAGAUAGUAGUGGACAAAGAGCCAGACCGAGUGGCCAUGCAGCAGCCCGCUGCCACCUGGCACACAGCCGGGGUAGACGACUUCGCCAGCUUCCAGCGUAAGUGGUUCGAGGUGGCCUUUGUGGCAGAAGAGCUCCUGCACUCCGAGAUUCCUGCCUUCCUCCUGCCCUGGCUGCCCAGCCGGCCAGCCUCCUAUGCAAGCAGGCACAGCUCCUUCAGCCGCAGUUUUGGAGGACGGAGCCAGGCAGCCGCACUCUUAGCUGCCACUGUCCCAGAGCAGAGGACUGUGACCCUGGACGUUGAUGUGAACAACCGCACAGACCGGCUGGAGUGGUGCAGCUGUUAUUACCAUGGCAACUUCUCCCUGAAUGCAGCCUUCGAGAUCAAACUGCACUGGAUGGCAGUGACCGCUGCGGUACUCUUUGAGAUGGUCCAAGGUUGGCAUCGGAAAGCUACCUCCUGUGGCUUUUUGUUGGUCCCGGUUUUAGAGGGGCCUUUCUCGCUGCCCAGCUAUCUGUAUGGCGACCCGCUUCGAGCUCAGCUCUUCAUCCCACUCAACGUCAGCUGCUUGCUUAAGGAGGGUAGCGAGCACCUGUUCGAUAGCUUUGAGCCGGAAACAUACUGGGAUCGAAUGCACCUUUUUCAGGAAGCCAUUGCACACAGGUUUGGGUUUGUACAGGAUAAAUAUUCUGCCUCUGCCUUUAACUUUCCUGCUGAGAAUAAGCCUCAGUACAUCCAUGUUACAGGAACAGUGUUUCUGCAGCUGCCCUACUCCAAGCGCAAGUUCUCAGGGCAGCAGCGGCGGCGGCGGAACUCCACCAGCUCCGCCAACCAGAACAUGUUCUGCGAGGAGCGGGUUGGCUACAACUGGGCCUACAACACCAUGCUGACCAAGACGUGGCGCUCCAGCGCCACGGGGGAUGAGAAGUUUGCCGACAGGCUGCUGAAGGACUUCACAGACUUCUGCAUCAACCGUGACAACCGGCUGGUCACAUUCUGGACGAGUUGCCUGGAGAAGAUGCACGCCAGCGCCCCAUGAGGCCAGGCUGCAGCGGGUCAGAAGGCUGUGUCCACGUUGGGGCAGGGAGGUGACCUGACACCCUCAGCAGUCUCCAGGCAUCAGCUGUCUGUUGGUGCGUGGGGGCCGUUGCUUCUUUUUGGUCCUCCCAACAAGUGUUGUUCCACUGGAGGAGAAAGACUUUGGAAGCAGCUGCUGCUGCCACCACCAUCCAAAUCCCAUCAGCAAGCGCCCAGCGGAGGUGGAAGGCACAGAUUGUCCGUGGGAGGGCUUCAGUGUCUGGGAAGCAGGCAGGCAGCCCCCGUGAAUGUCCUCAGAAUGGGGGUGGCUCCUGUGAGCGUCCUUCUCCUUUACCAUCCAUGUGCUAUUAGGAGCAGAAUCUGCUGCUUCCUGUCCAGGAGUGCACCCAGGGUGUAAGAUAAUCUUGUGAAAUAAUGUACCAUAGACUCACACAAACUGUAUAUACCUGUACAUAUCAGAAGUAAAUAAAGCUCCAC